UUGCUCAACCUGUUCACUGUCACAUCAGAGUGGCGAGUGGUGUUCGCUGCCGCAGCAUUCAACAGCGUUGACACAUUCUUCUUUCUGAGUGGAUUUCUUCUAUGUCACGUUAUAAGCAAGCACGAGAGAAACCUGCCUGCCGUGUUCAUCAUCGCUCUACUUAGAAGGCUUAUCAGGAUGUGCGUCCCUCUUUUUUUCAUCAUCAUGUGGUUGUACCUGCUGCCUCGUUUCGUCACCGGACCAAGCACAGAGGAGUUCUUUCAUGAUUUUUAUGUUGACAUGGCCCAACACUGGUGGCAUCUCCUGAUCCAGAUCAGAAACUUCUACGCACUGAACAUAGAGGACAAAUUAGAGCAUACGUGGUAUUUAUCGGCGGAUACGCAAUUCUUCCUGGUCUCGCUUCUGGUAUUGCUGAUUUUCAGAAGACGGAAGCCAGCGGCCCUGACAGCAUUAGCUGUGCUUUCUCUCCUAGGCUGUGCCAUCGCAACAUGGACCGUGGCCAGAUUUCAUCUGCCGCCCUUCGUUGUUCUCCCCUCCCCGAAUUAUCAGCGGAUGGUGAACAUGAUGAGCGAAUACUACAUUCGUCCUUUUUAUCAUGCUGUGUGCUACUUUAGUGGCUGUAUGACGUGUCUCAUCGUAGCUGACUUCAGACAGCGCAAGCUUUCCAAGACUGUUCAGCUCGCAGGCUGGAGUGCAUCUGUGAUUUGCGGCCUAUUCUGUGUUUUGGUGAAGUUUCCUUGGUACUUGAGCCAGUACCCCACGUCACAAAGCAUGGAGCUGCUUCUGGCAUUCUUCGAUAGGAUACUGUGGUCGUUUUCUCUUGGAUGGAUCGUACUGACAUGUGCUACAGGCCGAGGAGGAUCUCUGGCCAAGUUCUUGUCCUGGAAUGCAUUUGUUCCAUUGAGCAAGCUUUCGUACGGUGUGUACCUGAUUCAUUGGCCUUUCCUCGAACUCCUGAUGCACGCCUCCAGAGAACGAGUCUACUGGUCGACAUUUAAUCAGAUCACGCUAUCCUUUGCCGUGCUCGUCUGGUGCUUCCUGCUGUCAUACAUGGUGUUCCUAGCGUGCGAGGCGCCCACCGGAGUGCUGGAAAAGCUGGUUUUCAGGAGGUUUAUUGGAGGUGAUGGAGCACAGAAGCAAGGGCAGGAAGAACAUCUCGAGAGUGGCGACGUGAAGACAAAGAACGGCGCAUAUGGCAAUAAAAUUUCGCUACGCUUAUAA